CGCCGUAGCGUUUGACCCUCCACGGCUUACAGACUUACAGCACGCUGCAGUUGUGAAAUACAGCCCCUACAAUUCCUGUGCAUAAAACAUGGCUGCCACCAGAUACCGUCGAUUUCUAAAACUAUGCGAGGAAUGGCCGAAGGACGAGUCAAAGAAGGGGCGAGAUUUAGGAACGUUUUUACGCCAAAGAGUUGCUAGUGCUUUCCGAGAAGGCGAGAAUACACAGAUUUCUGAUCCAGAGAAAUGUGAUCAAAUGUAUGAAAGUCUGGCGCGCAUCAACAGUAAUGUGUACAAAGAAAAGUUUCCACGAGCAAAAGAUACAAGUUUUACAGGUGUAACAGUAGAAGAGUGCCGAAUGCUACUGGCAACAGGGAACAUGCAGCAGACAGAUGAGGAGAAAAAGGGAUUGUGGAAGACACUAAUGGAGCGCUUCUCCUCCAAACCUGAAGAAGGAACCCCCGAAAAAGCAGAAAAAUAAUCAUCAUACUGUGCAGAUCUUAUUUAUUCCCCUUUUCAAAUAAAACGAUUACAGUGUUUCUUUAAAUCUUCACUUCUAACAGCAGUAGCUCUCUUCAUGUUGAUAGAUGAACAGAGACUUCCAAGAAGUAAAACUGAUGGUAUCUGGAGAGCUGUGUUAAAGUUUGAGAAAUGUGAUAAGUACAAACAAUAUUCAGUUUUACAGAAUAUUACUUUUAUAGCAUAUUCUUUCUCUUUAAUCUAAAAUGCAAAUAAAUACUCUUUGCAUUUCCUGUAUAACAGUACAGUAUUUCCCUUGUUUUGUAUUCACUGGAUAAAAACCAUGAAUUAUGUACAUUGUUUUUGCUCAAAUGUAUACUGUAUUUUAUUAUCAUUAAGACAAAAGAAAUUAUAUAUAUAUAUAUAUAUAUAUAUAUAUAUAUAUAUAUAUAUAUAUAUAUAUAUAUAUAUAUAUAUAUAUAUAAUUUUUUUAGAUGGGUGUAUUUAGAAGAUAUAAUAGAAUGGUUUCAUCUUAUACAGGUACUUAUUCCUUAGGAAAAUUUUAUUGGCUGGUUUAUUCCUUUAGUGUGGUGAAGUAUAAAAUAAAUGUUUUUUAUAAUUUAUCAUAA